AUGGCGGCUGCAGGCAAGCCCUACAGCUCCCUCUAUGACACCAUUGUGGUGGGGGCUGGGAUCCAGGGGUCCUUCACUGCCUACCACCUGGCCCAGAGGGGCAGAGAGACCCUCCUGCUGGAACAGUUCCCGCUGCCUCACUCCCGAGGCAGCUCCCAUGGCCAGAGCCGGAUAAUCCGCCACGCCUACCCCCAGGAGCACUACGCACAGAUGAUGGCAGAGAGCUACCGCCUGUGGGAGCAGCUGGAAGCCGAGGCUGGCGUCUCACUGUACAGGCAGACGGGGCUGCUGGUUCUGGGGGCCAACACCAACCCUGAGUUCCAGCGCUGCUGUCGGACGCUGGUGAAGCACGACGUCCCUGGCGAGCUGUUCACCACGGAGUCACUGCAUAGGCGCUUCCCUGGCAUCCGGCCCUACCACGGGGAGGUGGGCGUGUCCGACCACACUGCAGGGGUCCUCUCCGCGGACAGGGCGCUCUGGGCUGUGCAGGACGGGUUCCGGCGGUGCGGGGGAGCCCUGCACGAUGGUGAAAAGGUGACUGACAUCAAGCCGGGGGUCGUGGUUACCGUGACAACCAGCAGAGGGGUGUACCAAGCCAAGAGUCUGGUGAUUACAGCCGGCCCCUGGGCCAAUAAGCUCCUGGCCCCGCUGGGACUGCUGCUGCCUUUCCAGACGCUGCGCAUCAAAGUCUGCUACUGGAAGGAGAAGGUCCCCGGGGCUUACGGGGUCUCAGCAAACUUCCCCUGCUUCCUGGCCCUCUGCGCCCCUCACCACAUCUACGGGCUGCCCUCCAACGAGUACCCAGGACUGGUGAAGAUCUGCUAUCACUCUGGCCGCCUGGCAGACCCCGAGGAGCGCGACCGCCCAGCCGAGGCCUCAGCCCUGCCUGACAUCCAGAUCCUCCAGGACUUCAUCAGCAAAUACCUGCCAGGCCUGGUGCCGGAGCCAGCCGUGGUGGAGCACUGCAUGUACACGAACACCCCAGAUGAAGACUUUGUUCUGGAUCGACACCCCAAGUUCCGCAACAUCAUCAUUGGGGCGGGGUUCUCAGGCCAUGGGUUCAAGCUGGCGCCAGUGGUCGGGAAGCUCCUGUGCCAGCUCAGCGUGGGGGAGGAGCCGUCCUACGCCAUGGAGCCGUUUCGCAUCCACCGCUUUCCAGCGCUGCCCGCCCCUGCCCUGUAGCCUGCCCUGCGCCUGGGCCGCCCUGGGGCUGAGGAGACCAGGGCAGAGCUGCCAUCCACCCUCAGGCUUCACGGGCACAGCCAUGCUGGAGCUGGGCCAGGCCCAGGGGCUUCUGCUACCAGCAUCACUGGCCCCAAACUCUGCAGGCUGGCUGAGCCCGGGCAGAAACGGGGGGCCUGGCUGUGGG